AUGGAGGAACUGUCGUUAACAAAGGGAUCUGUUGAUCUAUCUACGUCUGCUCAUGGGACCUUGAACUUAAAGGGUAAAGGUGGCUACCUCGCUCAGGGCUCACUGAACUUGAAGGGUAAAGGUGGCUACCUCGCUCAGGACUCACUGAACUUGAAGGGUAAAGGUGGCUACCUCGCUCAGGGCUCACUGAACUUGAAGGGUAAAGGAGGCUACCUCGCUCAGGGCUCUCUGAACUUGAAGGGUAAAGGUGGCUACCUCGCUCAGGGCUCACUGAACUUGAAGGGUAAAGGUGGCUACCUCGCUCAGGGCUCACUGAACUUGAAGGGUAAAGGUGUCUACCUCUCUCAGGACUCACUGAACUUGAAGGGUAAAGGUGGCUACCUCGCUCAGGGCUCACUGAACUUGAAGGGUAAAGGUGGUUACCUCGCUCAGGGCUCACUGAACUUGAAGGGUAAAGGUGUCUACCUCUCUCAGGACUCACUGAACUUGAAGGGUAAAGGUGGCUACCUCGCUCAGGGCUCACUGAACUUGAAGGGUAAAGGUGGUUACCUCGCUCAGGGCUCACUGAACUUGAAGGGUAAAGGUGUCUACCUCUCUCAGGACUCACUGAACUUGAAGGGUAAAGGUGGCUACCUCGCUCAGGGCUCACUGAACUUGAAGGGUAAAGGUGGUUACCUCGCUCAGGGCUCACUGAACUUGAAGGGUAAAGGUGGCUACCUCUCUCAGGGCUCACUGAACUUGAAGGGUAAAGGUGGCUACCUCGCUCAGGGCUCACUGCUAUAUUUUCUCGCUUUCCAACUGACCGAGCACAUGUAG